AUGGGCAGAAUUCCAUCUCGCGCCGGGCCGAUCCUCGCAGGUCUUUCGUUCCUCUUGGCAGUCAUCUCGACCGUCGUUGACGCUGCUCCGGGAAUUUCGACCGCCGCCCGUCUCCUGCCUGUUCGAUUCACCGCAGUCGACGGCUUCUUUGAGCAGAGCAGCGUUGCAACCAAUCCUAGGGGAUACCCUGCUGUUCCGUUCGCACUUGGCCUCGCCGAUAAAACCGACGGGCGCUGGAACAGAGCGUUCGCAAAGCUCAAUGCGCUGAAGAAACGCGUUGGCAAGAAGGGUGUUGUCAAGAUGAUAUUUUUUCAACGCCAUGGCCAGGGCACUCACAACGUCGCGGUCGAUACGUACGGCAUCAAAGCUUGGGAUGAAUAUUAUAGCAAGCUCCCCCUCUACCUUGACGCCCCUCUUACCCCACUCGGGACCGCUCAACUCGCAAACGCCACGGCCAUCAUCGCUUCCGAAAUCCAGUCCCAACUCCUCCCCGUCCCCUCCCUCAUCGCCUCGUCCCCGCUCUCCCGUGCGCUGAACACCACGCAACUGGUCUGGGGCACCAUCACCCACGGCCAAUACCACCCGCGCGUGUAUGAAGAUCUGCGUGAGACGUAUGGGCCGUAUAUCUGCGAUCAGCGCCAUAACCGGACCGAGCUGGCUCUCACGUAUCCCGACUUUACGUUUUCCGACCUGGUUAACGACGCUGACACGCUUUGGAAUGGCGUUAAGCCGGAAUCCGAUGCGCAUAUCGAGGCACGAGUCAGGAGCGUACUUGGUGCCAUCAUGACCACGCCUGCGUCGUCCACCGGCAACUUCACUGGGCCCAAAGUUUCGGACGACCUCAUUGGCAUCGUGGCUCAUUCCGGAACGAUCCAAUUCGUUACGAAAAUAGCGGGACACAGGUCUUGGUCCGUACAGCCUGGAGGCCUGCUGCCCAUGGUUAUCGUUGGGUACUACAAUUAA